CGGCCAUUUUAUGGAUGCUGCCAGACUGCAAGUUAUAACUGCGUGGGAGAGACCGUUUCACUUGGCAAAAACGAGGAGCUGUUAGAACGCAACAAAAGGAGCCGGAAACACAAUCCGCACUCCCUGGAUGACUUUAAGUCUGAGCUUGUGCAGAGGAUUUGUGGAGAGCUUCUCCAGUACACAUGUCUGCAGGUUCUGUGUUGGAGAAAGAUCCCAGUUCCAAGUGAGUGAGGUAACCAAACUUUCCACUGUGGAUUUGACUAUACUGAGGGAAGACAUCAAGACCGCACUGACAACAAAAUUCCCCGAUGCUACAAUGUCUCAAGCCCAACUUCGGAUCAUUCUUCAGGAGCAUGACAUACGCAAACUGGACUUGCCUAAUGGAAUUCCUGAGACUGUGGAAGAACUUGAGUCUGUUGUGAGAGAGACGUUCAAGCUUGAUGGGAACUUCACUUUGCAUUAUAAGGACACUGAUUUUGGAGAUGAAUUUUUCUCACUUUCCUCAACAAGUGACAUCAAGGACAAGGACACUAUUAAGGUGUUUCACAUUGUUGAACCUUCCACAUUCAGUAUGACCUUCACUAAUAUGGAGUAUCCUGUUCAAAAUGCACCAGAGGUCCCCAUCAGUGAUACAGAUGCAGCCUCAGUCAAUUCAACAGAGAGCUCCUGUCCUACCAGCACUUGCUCUAUUGCAUCACAGGACACAGUGAUUCUUUCAUCACCUGAACAUCAGCGUUCAGAACGCUGGCCAACUGAAUUCCCUAUACCUCGAUUUGCCUAUGAUGCAGAGCUUGUGCUUGUCGCAGGAAAUGAAGCUUUCAAGAAAGAUGGAACUCCUCUCAACUUUACCACAAUUCUUCCAGACAUCCUUGACAAACUGGCUGAGAGUAUGUUUCAGUAUGUCGCCUACCCAACAAAUGUACAAAGAGCUGAUGUUGCUGAGGCACUGAUUCGCAAACAUCCUUGCCUAAAAGAGCCUGGAUCAUUUAAUGGAUGCUAUGGAUGGCAACAAAGACUAAAAUACAAAAUGGGCAACUACAGAUCUAAAUUGAAAAAGCUUGGAUGUCCUGAGCUUGAGGUGAACACUCUCUCUCAAAGAAGCGAACAGAUGAGCAGGCACCGGCAAAGAACGUAA